AGCAACUGACGAGUCAGUACUGACUUUUCAAAGUCUUCACUUUACGGUCGGCUUCUUCAGUCUUCGGUUCUCCCUACUCCUCCAAUUGCUUCAAAGCUCCUUACCCUUUCAGAUCGAGCCGUGUAGAUGGGUUCUGAAUUUUAUUUGCUUGAGCUGGUUUCUGUAUGGGUCAACGUCUAGUUUGGCAACUCGAUCUGUAGUGGGAAUUCAGCAUCAAAUAGAACAGGGCGCCAGUACUCCCCAGCUUCAACUUCACGUACACCCAAGACCAAAACCCACGAAGAAAAUCGCUGAGAGUCUGAAACGCUCGCGAUGGAAAUUGUGGUAGGAGAAGCUACUGAUGAUCACGUCGUCGACGAGGGCCUCCUAGCCAAGAUGGAAGACAGGUUCUUCAAGAGUAGUUGUUACCCAUCAACAUUGCCUCCUGAAACAGGAACCAAUGAAAAGCGUUGCAUCUUCAGGCUUCCUAGGAGGCUCAAGAACAUAAACGGUAAGUGGCUCGAGCCCCAGGUGGUCGCCCUCGGGCCUUACCACCACGGCAAGCCUCAGCUCCAGAUGAUGGAGGAGCUCAAGUGGCGUUGCCUCGCCCCCUUUAUGGAGAGUAGAAAGGGAAAAUUAGCGGCGUGCUUGAUACAAUUACGUCCACUUGAAAAGGAAGUGAGGGAGUGUUAUUCCGAAUCCGAAUCCGAAGCCAUCAACCUCAUGAGUACCGAUGAGCUCCUUCAAAUGAUGGUCAUUGAUGGUUUUUUUAUACUAGCGUUGUUUUUCCGCGCUAAAUUAAAUUUAACUGAACUAGAUCGAGAUGAACGGUCCAUCUACAACAACCCUCUCUACAGGCUAGAUAUGGUAAUAUUACCCAAGAUAUUCGGGGACUUGCUCUUGCUUGAGAAUCAGAUCCCGUCUUGUGUUUUGAAUACGUUAUAUACAAUUUGCUUUAAUAUUAGCUCUCGUAAGUCCUUGUUUGUUAUUGCCACGAAUUUUCUUUGCUCCAUAUCGAUCAUCCCAGAAUCCAGAAACAUGCCUGCAACUGAUCGGCUCCACUGGUUACAUUUGCUGGACCUUGUUCGGUUGGUAUUUAUCUCACGUGCUUAUAAUAAAGCUAUUAUCUCACGUGCUCAUUAUAAAAAAAUGCAGAAAACAUAUGAUUACAGACCAUUCACUCUAAUUCCCUGUGUCAUGAAGCUACGUCGUGCCGGGAUUAAGGUCAAUCGGCAUACGGCGGACAGCUUCUUGGAUGUGAAAUUCAACAAUGGUGUGAUUAAGAUGCCCGGUCUAAUUCUCGACGACUCAAUGUGCUCAUUGCUAGUGAACUGCGUGGCAUUCGAGCAGUCGUGCAACGUUUCCAAAUCCUUUUCGAUUUACGCUACGUUGCUGGACUGCCUUGUCAACACUGCUAGGGACGUUGACUACCUUUGUAACCGUCGUGUCAUUGACAAUUUCUUAGGGACUGACGCCGAGGCUGUGCAAUUCAUCAAUAAAUUGGGCAAGGACUUGACCAUUUAUAAAGAUCGUGGUGACAGUGAUUACUUUUUCUUGUUGGACGUUUUUGGAGAUGUAAACAAGUAUUAUCGGAAAAGGUUGAAUUGGGGCAAGUGGAUGAGCUUCAAGCGCGAGUAUUUUGGAAAGCCAUGGUUGUUGAUUUCGGCAAUUGUUGGGUUUGUGCUUUUAGUGCUUACUUUUUUGCAGACCUUCUACACCAUUUAUGCUUAUUAUGUGCAUCCUAAAAACUAAAUUCCUCCCCUCCACCUCCAUCCUCCAUCUUCCAGACAAUAAACACUGUUUGAUAACAGUUUUAAGUGUGUGAAGCUCCCUCUAGUUUGUUGUUUAUCCAUUGACCUCUUGUAGUGAAAGCGACCUUGCCGUUAGUAAGCUCUUUGCUUGCAAGGCAAACAUUUUAUGUAUAAUGUUGACAUGUUGUGUGUGGAUGCAUAUUUGAACUUUUAAUUUCUCAGUGAUAGCCUUGUUAUUUCUAAAUGGCAUAACAAUUUUUUCACA